AUCCCGAUGCCGGACACAAAAAGGGGCCUGGACAAAGCAUGGGCGGAUUUGGGCAGCUACUUUGUAGGCAGCAUGAAAAGACGAGCCGUGGAACUGUCAGAACGCAAGAUGACAGUAGCGGAACGUGCAGCUUUCGAAGGAGCAAAGGCGGUAGAAGUGAAAAAUUUCGUCGCCUCCAACGCCUUUGAGGAUGCUUCGUACGAGCACCGCGCGACUACUUCACCGGUGAUGUCACGACAGACCCGCCAGAUGGUUCUCCAGUUGGCAUCUUGGAAGCGGUGGUCCCUGUCGAAGGGAGAUGUGACCGGAGCUUUUCUGCAAUCACGACAGUACCCAGACCAGCUGUUCUGUGUGCCCACGCCAGAAAUUUGUACUGCACUCGGCAUCCCAGCCGGCUCAAUCACAAGGGUCCAGCGCGCUUGUUACGGCCUGGUAGAUGCUCCUCUUGAAUGGUGGCGGUCAGUAGAUUGUUUCCUACAAGAAAUAGGAUUCGAAAGACUAUGGGCUGACCCAUGCUGCUGGGUACUCCGUGAAAACGGCGUACUCAAAGGCGUGAUCAGCGGUCACGUUGACGAUUUUCUGUUUGCAGGAAAAAGUGGAGACCGCCUAUGGGAGAGCAAGGUGAGGGCCAUUAAAGACAAGUACAAAUGGGGAGACUGGGAUUGUGGGAAGUUCGCUCAGUGUGGGGUGGUUGUUGAGCAAGACUCUAAAGGGUUCGAGUUGUCCCAACCUACUUACCUUGAAAAUCUCCAUGAAAUUGGUGUGAACUCCAGUAGGCGUAAGGACCCCUCCAGUCCCACUACUGAUAAGGAGAAGACCCAGUUGCGU